GAGCACGUGACCCAAUCUGAGGUGACACAAUGUUGAUCUCUAGGCUUCUAUCAUCAUACUCCUAUUCAGCUAAAGCAGCUCUGGUAUGCAGACAGGUACUUUUUCAGCAGCGGGGUUCAAUAAGAUGGAGCCAUGCUGCAAGCUAUGCAUACAAGGCUGUUAUUUUUGAUAUGGGAGGUGUCCUCCUUCCUUCCCCCUACAGACUGGCAGAAGAAUGGGAAAUCCGUAACAAAGUUCCUAUCGGCACCAUAAAGGAAGCCAUUCGAUCAGGAGGUGACUCUGGGCCCUGGAUGAAAUACAUGAGGGGAGAGUUGUCAGCCCAGAAUUUUGUAGAGGAAUUUGGCAGACAAUGCUCAAAUAUUACUGGAUCCCUGGUUCCGAUUCACAGUUUUCUUAGAGAGCUGACUAGUAACUUUAUGGUCAAGCAGCUGCCAUGUAUGACCGAGGCCAUCCAGUGCAUCAGAGCAGAAGGACUCAAGACUGCAGUUUUAAGCAACAACUUCUUUCUACACAGUGGGGAAGCUUUUUUGCCUUUAGACCGCUCUCAGUUUGAUGUGAUUGUUGAGUCUUGCAUAGAAGGUGUGUGUAAACCAGACCCACGGAUAUAUCACCUUUGUUUGGGAAGGCUAGGUGUUCAGCCACAAGAGUCAAUCUUUCUUGAUGACAUUGGACAAAACUUAAAAACUGCAGCACAGAUUGGACUACACACAAUAAAAGUCAACAAUGCAGAAGAAGCACUUCAGCUUUUAGAAAACCAAUUGGGAUUCACCUUAAAAAACUUUGUUCCGAACACACGUUCAGUGAGAAAAACAAUGGAAAUUCCAAGAGAUUCGUUAAAGGUGUAUCUAGAAAAUGUUUUUGGUGAAUCAUCAGAUACCCUAAUUGUCCGUCAGUUCAGUCAUGGACAGUCUAACCCCACUUACUAUGUGAAAUUUAAUGAAAGGCAACUAGUGCUUCGCAAGAAACCUCCGGGAAAACUCCUGCCUGCGGCUCAUGCUGUGGAGAGAGAAUACAGGAUAAUGAAGGCUCUUGGUGAAGCUGGUAUUCCUGUACCAAAGGUAUAUAACCUCUGUGAAGAUUCCAGCAUAAUCGGCACACCUUUUUACCUCAUGGAAUAUUUCUCCGGACGCAUCUUUAAAGACCCUGCCCUACCAGGAAUGGAAGCAGCAGAACGCAGAGCCAUCUAUUCAGCAAUGAACAAAGUAUUGUGUAAAAUUCACAGCGUGGACAUCAAGGCAGCUGGACUGGAAGAUUAUGGGAAACACGGUGCUUACAUUCAGCGCCAAGUGCAAAUAUGGACCAAGCAAUACAGAUCUAGUGAAACAGAUACUAUCCCGGACAUGGAGAGGCUCAUUGAAUGGCUACCGCAGCAUCUCCCUAAAGACCAGAAGACUGCAGUUGUACAUGGAGACUUUAGGUUGGACAAUUUGAUUUUUCACCCUGACACACUUGAUGUGAUUGGUAUUUUGGAUUGGGAAUUGUCUACACUAGGAGACCCGAUUUCAGAUGUGGCGUAUAAUUGUCUGGCUCACUAUCUCCCUCCUGAUCUUCCUAUUCAGAAAGGACUUAAACAAUGUGACCUGAAAGAGCUGGGGAUUCCAAGUGCGGAGGAAUAUUUUGAGGAGUAUUGUAAUAACAUGGGAGUCCCAAAGAUCCCAAACUGGAACUUCUAUAUGGCCUUCUCUUUUUUCAGAAUUGCAGCAAUCCUGCAAGGUGUAUACAGUCGUUCACUUACAGGGCAGGCUAGUUCUGCAAGUGCAGAAGCUGGAGGAAAACUGGCAAAAUCAAUGGCCAGCAUUGCUUGGGAUUUUGCUACGAAGGAAGGUUUUCGAUUGUUCAAAUCCCUUCCAGGAACCAAUUCAGAAACAGCAAAGAGAUCUUAUGGCACCUGGUGUAGAACCUUUCCAUUAAGCCAGCCACACAGCAGAGCCAUGGCCACACAGUCUAAUGCUUCUUUACACUCUUCUUCAAAGGGUCUUCUGAUUAUUUCUCCUGACGGGCUUUCCGGUGAAGCGCAGAAGCUUUACUAUCAAUUAAAAGAGUUUAUAGAAGUUAAUAUUUAUCCUGCUGAACAAGAACUGCGAAACUACCAGUUCUCAGAGAAGAGAUGGACACCUCACCCACUUGUAGAGGAGCUUAAGCAAAAGGCGAAGUCACUAGGGCUGUGGAAUCUGUUCCUGCCUUUGGAAAGUGAUCCUGAGGGCAAAUAUGGUGCCAGGCUAACAAACAUGGAAUAUGCUCACUUGUGUGAGCUAAUGGGUACCUCUCUGUAUGCACCAGAGAUCUUUAAUUGCUCAGCUCCUGACACAGGGAAUAUGGAAGUGUUGGUCCGCUAUGGAACAGAGGAGCAGAAAGAACGUUGGCUGAAACCUCUGCUAGAAGGAGAGAUCCGCUCAUGUUUUGCAAUGACUGAACCAAAGGUUGCCUCUUCAGAUGCCACCAACAUUGAAUCUUCAAUCAAAGAAGAGAAAGAUUCAUACAUUAUAAAUGGUCAUAAGUGGUGGACAUCAGGUGCCCUAGAUCCCCAUUGUAAAAUCUGUAUCUUCAUGGGAAAGACAAACCCAGAUGCCCCUCGUCAUAAACAGCAAACAAUGAUUCUGGUUCCAAUGGACAGCCCUGGGAUAACCAUCUUAAGACCACUCACUGUCUAUGGUUUGGAGGAUGCUCCAGCUGGACAUGGAGAAAUCCUAUUUGAAAAUGUGCGAGUUCCAAAAGAAAAUAUAUUGUUGGGACGUGGCAGAGGAUUUGAAAUUGCGCAGGGCAGACUUGGCCCUGGGAGAAUACACCAUUGCAUGAGGCUUAUUGGAAAUGCAGAGAGAUCUUUAACUCUCAUGAAGCAAAGAGUCAAAUCCAGAGUAGCCUUCGGCAAACCAUUGGCAGAACAAGGCACCAUUUUAGCAGACAUUGCCAAAUCCAGAGCAGAGAUUGAACAAGCCAGGUUGUUGGUACUGAAAGCUGCCCAUCUUAUGGACACCGUGGGUAAUAAGGAAGCUGCUUUAGAAAUUGCUUUGAUUAAAAUGGUUGCCCCAACCAUGGCACAGCAAGUGGUUGACAGAGCAAUCCAGUCAUUUGGAGCUGCUGGUCUCAGCAAUGACUUUCCUCUCGCUCAGUUUCACGCUUGGGCGAGGGCUCUACGUCUCGCAGAUGGACCUGAUGAAGUUCACAGAGCAACAGUGGCCAAAAUUGAACUGAAACGUUAGGAUGCAUUUUUAGUUCGACAAAAUAGGGAACUGGGAGUGAUUCUUAAUCGCAAAAUUACAAUGCAAUUGUAUUGCAACCAGCAAAAAAAAUAUGGAAAAUAUGAAAAUGAAUUCACAUUAAUUCAGCAGUGCUUGGGAUAACAUGAAUGGUUUACAUAUAAUAUUUAUGGGUAAUCCUUUGAUAAUGUUUGAUAAUCCUUGGUUAGUCCUGUUUUUAUCAUGGAAAAGUUUUUGUAUUCUCUCAAGUCUCAUUCUUGCAUGCUGUCAAAUUUAAACACAGCUUUGCUACAUGGAAAUAAAUUAUUUUUAUUGUAAA